AUGCCCAAUAGAAGUCUUUCUAUUGACAUAAAGUGCCAGUUUGCACACCUCGCACUGGCUGACCCCACAUUCGAUCAGCCAGCGCCAAUUGAUAUGUUAGUGGGCGCGGACAUGUUUGCCCAGGUAAUGGACGGUAAGCGCAUCGAAAUAAACCGUCAAUUACCAGUAGCUUACGGCUCUAUAUUCGGUUGGGUCUUAAUUGGCGGGGUAGGAAUACCCACGGACGAUUCUUCCUAUGUUGUACUUUCGUCAUUAAUGACAUCGCUGGAAGAUCUAUUAGAAAGAUUCUGGGAAAUAGAAGAACCAGGACUUAAUGAAGAUGAUGUAACUGAAGAAGGAAGAAGUGAACUAAUGUUUCGAAGCCUAACGACCAGAGAUAGUCAUGGACGGUUCAUAGUGCCCUUGCCAUUUCGCAAAAACGCGUGCUGUGACAGACUAUCGGGCUCACUGCAGGUAGCUACUCGGCGAUUUGAAAACUUAGAAAGGAAAUUAAAGAGUGACUCUCAGUUAUAA